AGGUUGCAUUUUUUCAAAUGUGUUGAAUCUGGCCGUUAUGCUUUCAGCUUUCUUUGAAUACUUUUGAUAGGAGCCAACUCCAAGAAAACAGGAAAUGGCUUUCCUGUCCCGAUUCUUCAAACCAGUACCAAGGAAGGAAAUGAUCAGGAAAUUCCUUUGAGGGAGGAACGUGUGGUUUGUUUUGUAUGCAGAUAUUUGUUAGCAGAACUGGGGUGAGAAAGAAAAGAGGCCAUCUAUUUUAUGGUUAGCUUGAAACCUAUGACAAGCGACUUAUAAGCUGAGAGGAAUACAGGCAAGCACCCAUAUUUUUCCUAUUCAGUUUGAAAGGUAAGACAUAAAUGCUUGUCUUUUACUAUGCUACUCACAUUACAAGGGAUUGAGUGGAUAAGGGUUUAUUUCUUUUGUCUUUGAACAUGUUUGAUUCUGAGAGUCCUGUGCUGUUUUAUACGUACACAUUCCAAACUUUUUAAUGUAAUGAUAUCCUUAUGAUUUCUGGUCACUCCAAGUUUGUCAAUAUUAUUUUAUAGAAUUUAUUAUAAGUAAACUGUUUUCCAGUUUGUAUGCCUAGCUGUCAAGUCAAUGCCAUGAAAAGAGGCUUUGAAAGGAGGUAAAAUGACACAUACUACAGUUAUAAUAAUAGAGUCAAAUCUGCAUUAACACCGGAAAAUAACCAGUGCAUUAAGAGAAUGGGUUUGGAGUAUUGUUCCUUCAUGAUUAAUGAUUAUUUAUGUGUUCUGCAGGUAGGAAGAAUCUCUCUUUAUCUGGUAGGGCAGAUGUUUGUGAAUAAAACAGGAGCAGCAGUCUAAGCUGACAUCUCUUGUAUCAAAGAGACUUGAACAGAUGGUGUCCUUGACUCUGACAGGAGUAAUAGGCUAGAGUGUGCUUUUAUUUCAGUUCAUACUGGUGUUUACUGGUUUUGCACUUAAAUAUUCACCUAUAUAUGUCUUAUGCCUCAAAAUCCUUUUCAGAGGAUUUAUAUAUACUGCGUGUGUGUGUGUGCGUAAAGACAAAAAUCUGAUUUGACUUUUCUAUAGUUUUGAAAUAGUUUUACAUAUAAAGUGUAAAAUGUUGGACGUACCUGAGAAAGUAUGUUAUACAAAAAUAAGUACAUCUAAGCUUGAAAAUUAAAAUGGUUUAUUUUUUGUGCCCUUAUAUUUGGUACUAAUAUAAAUCUUUGAUCAGACUCAAUUUAUUGAUAUAUUAAGCUUUUUAAAUUGUUUUGAGCGAUAUGAAUACUGAUAGUAAGUUUUAAAGCAAAAAAAAAAAUAUAUAUAUAUAUGUCCAACAUUUUAAACUUUAUAUGUAAAACUAUUUCAAAACUAUAGAAAAGUCAAAUUAGAUUUUUAUAUGUACACAUUCAAGCCUGUUAUUCAACUUAUCUGCCACGAUGACUGGAAACUGGAUGACAGUCAAUUUUGUUUUCUAUUCAGAGCAACUCGCAAUGGCUGAAUUUGACAACUUUGUUGUAGCAUUUUGAGCAUUUCACAAAAUCAAUUUGGUACCACUAUACAAACAAAUAGUAGACAUUUUUCAAGUCUUGUAAACGAGAGAACUAAUUCUUAUGAAUAAUUCCUCUUUAAAGUGACAUGACAUUCAGCCAAGUAUGGUGACCCAUACUCAGAAUUUGUGCUCUGCGUUUAUUAACCCAUCCAAAGUGCACACAGAGCAGCUGGGGGUUCAGUGCCUUGGUCAAGGGCAUCACAGUCGUGGUAUUGCCAGCACGAGACUCGAACCCACAACCUUAGGGUUGGGAAUCAUACUCUCUAACCACUAGGUCACAACUUCCCCAUUGAAACACAGGAUAUAGGAUACAGGGUGCAAAAUAUUUCACAAAUUGUUCAAAUAUUCUUAUAACAAUGUUCUGAAACUAAGCAUAAUUGCUAUAUAAAUAAAAAACAAAACAGCAAUAUAUUAAAUAUGUAAAUUGAACAUAUUGAAAAAAAUAUUGUAAUGAACAUUGAUUUUGGUACAUAUCACCUUAAAACAAGACCUGUGGCUCUCUCUUUUAAUUUUAUUUUUAAUGUUUUGAUUUGCAAAUUUUUCAGAGCCUCAAACCCCAUCUGCCACUCUAAGAAAUAAAGCAAAGGGAACUUCUCAGCAUAACAGAUACCAUAUAAAGGAUUAUGGGAUGGUAUCCAUAUUCAUAAUAGCAAAAGGACAGCCAACUGAAUGCAAUGCACAUGAUACAAACAGACAAUGAGCAAGAUGACAUACAUUGCAGCGCAUCUAGAUCUACCAUUUCUAACAGUCUACAAGAUAAACAAAAUCACUCAGAUAAUAAUAAUAAUAAUUAGUUAAUGUGAUCACAUACCAACAUCAACAAAUAUAAGUAUUGUGAUAAAUAUUUUUCCCUCCAUAUUUACAGUUUAAGGGGGAUUUUUUUCAGUUUGCGUAAAAAAAAUAAAAAUGUUGUGACCAUCAACGAACAUAUUUCUCGUAAGUUAAUGUAUUCAGAGAUCAAAGAAUGUUUUGGAUAUAUAAAUGGAAGAUGUAUGCAUGCAUUCUUACCACAAUUUUACAGCACAGUCUCAUACUAACAAACAUUACAUGAGAUGAAAUACUAACUGGUGAAGUCAAAACAGUAAAACACUUUGGUGUUUAUCUGUCACUACGGCUUGAGACAGACCGGGAGAGAAUAUUUUUUCUGCAUGGUUUCCUUCGCUGAGAGGAUGAGACUGUCUCCCUGGGGAUCCCAUCAGAUGGGGGGACUGUGCAAGGAGACAUGUCUAUGUGCAUGCGUGAAGAGUGAGAGAGAGCUAGAGCGAGGGAAAGAGCAUGUGUGUGCACACAGAAAGGAAAGGGGCAGAGUGUGAGUGCGAGCACAGAUGAUGCUGCUUGUGGAAGGAGAUGGUGUUGGUUUUGGCUUUCCUACCCGGGCUAGACGAUUUUCCCUACUAAGAUUUGACCUCUGCGUCCUGUCAGUUUGGCACCUCAGCUUCCCGGAAAGACACAGAACGACAAAAGGAAGUGAGGAGGGUGGUACAGGCAGAGGAUAUCAUGUGUGUGCUAUAACUAAGGACAAGGAGCAGACAGAGUUGGAGAAGAGGGGGAAUAAGACACAAGGCAGAAGCUGCAGACACCGUCCUUUUAUUAGCCAGAACCGGCAACAAAGACAAAAGAGGUGAAGCCUCUGAAGCCGAGACUCAGCCUCGUUAUUCCUCUGAUUCCAUGUGCCACUGGCAUUGCAUCGAGGGCGAAUAGGAUGUCUGUGUCUGGAAAAAAGGAGUUUGACGUGAAGCAGAUCCUCAGGCUCCGCUGGCGCUGGUUCAGCCACAACACUCAGACCUCAGCUGGGAAUGGGGGCUACAUCCAACAGGAAGGUUUCGACCACCGGGGAACACCGGUCCGGCUGAAGAGUCACUCCCGGGACAGAGGAGGAUUCCGCAAGAACAACAGCCCUGUGCACAGCAUUCUGGCACCGAACCCUGGACCCACGCCUGUUUAUGUCAGACCAGGCGAUCAAUCAUGGAACCAGCAAAACAUCAUCCAGCACCUUCAAGUCAGCGAGGAGCUUCCCAAGAGCAACUCACCUUGCGGUGCCAGGAAGGAAGAUGCGAAGAGCAGCCAUGAGGAUUUGAAGAGCAAUCCGGAGGAACCCUGUGAGGAGGAAGCCACAGACAGGUUGGCUUUGAGCAGUUUCUCUAGGAUGAGCUCCAACUGCUCAGAUGAGUUUUUCCAGGCCACAAACCAUGCGGAACAGACCUUUCGAAAGAUGGAGACCUAUCUUCAGCACAAGCAGCUGUGUGAUGUACUUUUGAUAGCUGGAGAUCACAAGAUCCCCGCACACAGACUUGUCCUGAGCGCAGUUUCAGACUACUUUGCUGCCAUGUUCACCAAUGAUGUGAGGGAGGCAAAACAAGAGGAAAUUAAAAUGGAGGGUGUUGAUCCUGAGGCGUUGCGAGCGCUGGUUCAUUUCGCAUAUACUGGAGUCCUGGAGCUAAAAGAGGAGACGAUUGAAAGUCUUUUAGCUGCUGCUUGUCUCCUCCAGCUCUCACAAGUUAUUCAGGUCUGCUGUAACUUUCUGAUGAAACAACUGCACCCGUCCAACUGCCUGGGGAUCCGUUCGUUUGCUGAUGCUCAGGGAUGCAUGGAUCUUUUGAACGUCGCUCACAACUACACUAUGGAACACUUUCUAGAGGUCAUUCAGAAUCAGGAGUUCCUCUUGCUGCCCACAACGGAAAUUAUCAAGCUUUUGGCCAGUGACGACAUCAACGUUCCAGAUGAAGAAACGAUUUUCCAAGCCCUGAUGAUGUGGGUUCGCUAUGAUGUGCAGCACCGACAGCGGGAUCUGGGAGUGUUGCUGGCAUAUAUACGACUUCCCCUUUUACCGCCACAGCUUCUUGCUGAUUUGGAAAACAAUAAGAUGUUUUCAGAAGACCUGGAAUGCCAGAAGCUCCUGAUGGAAGCCAUGAAGUACCAUCUUUUGCCAGAACGCCGUCCCAUGCUACAGAGCCCAAGAACCAAACCACGGAAAUCCACUGUUGGAUCGCUCUAUGCUGUUGGACAGGGUUCUACAACAAUAGAGAAAUAUGACCUUCGCACAAACAGAUGGAUCCAAGUUGGUAGCAUGAAUGGGCGAAGACUUCAGUUCGGCGUGGCAGUGAUCGAUAACAAGCUCUACGUGGUUGGAGGAAGGGAUGGACUCAAGACCUCUAACAUGGUGGAGUGCUACAACCCAGUCACUAAAGUGUGGUCCACCAUGCCACCAAUGUCAACCCACAGACACGGAUUAGGGAUCGCUGUGCUGGAGGGGCCCAUGUAUGCAGUGGGAGGCCAUGACGGAUGGAGCUAUUUGAACACCGUAGAAAGGUGGGACCCCCAGGCGAGGCAGUGGAAUUAUGUGGCCAGUAUGUCCACUCCACGCAGCACCGUCGGAGUCACUGCUCUCAAUGGAAAGUUGUUUGCUGUUGGUGGUCGUGAUGGAAGCUCCUGUCUGCGAUCGAUGGAAUGUUUUGAUCCUCACACCAAUAAAUGGAGUAUGUGUGCACCCAUGUCAAAGAGGAGGGGAGGAGUGGGCGUGGCCACAUAUAACAGUUUCUUGUAUGCAGUCGGAGGACAUGAUGCACCAGCUUCAAACCAUUCCUCACGUCUCUCUGACUGUGUGGAGAGGUAUGACCCCAAAACAGACACGUGGACCACAGUGUCCUCUCUGAGUGUCCCCCGGGACGCAGUGGGGGUGUGUCUGCUGGGAGACAGGUUAUAUGCGGUCGGAGGAUAUGACGGUCAGACCUACUUAAACAGUGUCGAGUCCUAUGAUGCACAGAACAAUGAAUGGACAGAGGAGGUCCCUCUAAACAUCGGGAGGGCAGGGGCAUGUGUGGUGGUGGUGAAACUGCCUUGA